CUCUGUCUCAUUAUACCAUCAUUCUAUCAAUUCUAGUGCAGCGAAAAUGUCGGAAUUCUAUCCUUCUAUAUACACUCUUCCUCAAGUUCAUCUUUCUUCCAAUGGGCAACCGUCAGACACGUUUAUAGAACAGUCAGAAACGGAGAGGAUCAUCUCACAGCUUCUACUCACUCGUCCUCCUCCGGCAUUACAGGCUAUCACCCCCCUGGAGAUCACAAAUAGUGGAGAGAAUGGAGAGGGCGAAAAGAAAGAUGACACGUUACAAGUGGAAUUAACGAAAUUGAGGACUCAGGAACACGCUACCUUCUUGGGCAAAUGGUUUUUCUCUUUACCUGCAGGGGUGAUCUCGUUAGAUGCCAGUAGACCUUGGUUGAUGUUUUGGGUAGUUCACAGUUUGGAUCUAUUAGGUGUGAUAUUACCUCAGCCCUUCAGAGAUCGAUCUGUGGCUACCCUACUCAAGUUCUUACACCCACAAGGAGGAUUUGGCGGUGGACCGGUAAACACACAUUUACCCCAACUUCUUCCCACCUACGCUUCUAUCUGUUCCCUAGCAAUCGUCGGUGGACCCGGCGAGGACGGGGGAUGGAGUGAAGUGGCGGAGGCUAGACAGAGGAUUUAUGAGUUCUUUAUGAGAUGUAAGCAACCCGAUGGGAGUUUUGUGGUUUGUGAAGGCGGGGAGGUGGAUGUGAGAGGAACCUACUGUCUUCUAGUCGUGGCUUGUCUACUCGACCUUCUCACUCCUGAACUUCUACACAACGUAGACCGGUUCAUUUCGGCUUGUCAGACAUACGAAGGAGGUUUCUCCUGUUCUGCUUAUCCCUUCUCUUCCACAUCCCCGUCUUCUAAUUCAAUGGACAAAUCAAAUCCUAUCACACGAGCACCAAUGGCAGAAGCUCAUGGUGGAUAUACGUCAUGUUCUCUCAACUCAUCUUUCCUCCUCCGUUCCAUCGUCCCUCCCACUGGUGCUCCUUCCCUCGACGAGAACUUUCCUUCACCAAUUGAUGUGGAGUCAGCUAUAAGAUGGUCAGUACUCAUGCAAGGGGAGGCGAUAGAAGCAGGGGGAUUUAAGGGGAGGAGUAAUAAAUUGGUAGAUGGAUGUUAUAGUUGGUGGGUUGGAGGAGGUUUUCCCGUUUUAGAAGAGCUUGCUAGACGAGAAGCUGGAGUCGAAAGACCGUUACCGAUAUUGUUCGAUAAUGUGGCUUUGCAGGAAUAUAUAUUGGUAGCUGCUCAAAAUGAAUCUGGAGCAGGAGGAGGAUUAAGAGAUAAGCCAGGCAAACGCCCAGACGCUUAUCACACAUGUAACAACCUCUCCGGACUUUCGAUCGCACAACAUCACAUGAUUCAUUCCCCAAUUCGUCUGACGGAGCUUCGUGAGACUUUCGAUUCUUCCAAAGGUUUACCGGCUAUCCGGCCCGUCAGUUCGGAUGGAGGUUGGAAGUCAGAAGAAGAAAGACAAUCUGUGAGAAGAGAAGUAUGGGCUAGUAUUUUAGCAUGGGAUGAAGAAGGUGAAGAGAAUGUUGUGGGUGGGAAACGAAAUAGGGUAAACGCAACGGCCCCAGUGAUCAAUAUCCUUUUAUCUCGUGUGAAACCAUUCAUCAAUUAUUUCUAUCAACAAGAGUGA